AGCACUUCGCAAAUGGCGAAGUAAACAGCAAGCACCGAAUCGCAAACAAAUGUGAUAUUUUCUACUGACUUUUACACUCAAUUUCCGCUCGUAAGCCUAACGCACAAUCAGUAUUCCGAAUAAUUCCAACCAGGUUAAACAAAGUGCCACUUUUUACACGGUUUUUAUCAACUUUUACAAUUUUAUACGCGCGUUGGGGUGUGUUACACCAACACAUGCAAUAUAUCAGUGUGCGGAAUGUAUAAAUGUGCGUGAAAGUGAAUGAACUGUUGGUAAAUACGCGAGACAAUACAGGGAACACGUGCAGGGUGUUAUUAGUAAACGAACGUAUGGAUAAUUAGUCAUUAGUGUCUUCUUGUAAUCGACAAAAUGCCGGCGUCUUCGGAAACGACCAACGUUGAAGAAAACGUUAAUAAUGACGAUGACUUGACGAAGGAUCCUAUUGAUAAUACUAUUCAGGAAUUAAAAGCCAAACUAGACAGCAGAGAUAUAGUUGAUAAUAGUGAAGUGGAAGAGGUUGACAACCGAGAAGACGACGCGAUGAUACCAGAAACGCAAAGGGGCGUACCACUUCCGCCGCCACCGCCGCUCAUCAACCAGGACGGGCUCAUUAUCCCGCGGAAGUUGCACAACCCCGUGCUGCACAACGGCGAACGCCAGAAUCUCCACCGAGAGAUGCUUUUCAAUCACAAGAUAGGGAAGAACGUUUUGAAUCAAAAAUCAGAACUUGCCAAAGCAAUGGAAAAGCAUAAAGAUAGUAUUAUGCGCAAGGAAUAUGAACACAAACUUGCAUCACAAACGCCUGAACUUGUCAAAGUCAUUCAGGAUCGAGCAAAACGAUUGGAAGAGGUUCAAACACCCACACAAAAUGAAGAUGAUAAAGGAAUAAACAAUGUCUUCAUGCAGGCACGAGCUAAAUUGAAGACUCCAUCGGAUCUAAAGUGAAGAAACGUGCAUAGCAAGAGAAAUUUCGAAUCAAACACGAAUAAUCAAUUUGAUGAUUAAUGACUAAUGAUAAUAAUUGUAUUAUGUACCUUUUUACCGUAUAAGAUUAUGUAUAAUGUAUAUGAAACUGAUGGAAAGCUACAAAACGAGAGAGAAACAAAAGUAGAAGGAGAUUCUAUUACAUUUGAUCACAUAUCUGCACGUUUACGUUGGUAAUUGUAGAACUAAAAAUGUUUACAUUUGCAUUGUCCUUUAUGCUUGACGAAAAGAAAUCAUUUAAAGAUAGGUAUAUAAUAUAAAUAGGUAUAUUUGACGUCGAAUGACAUAAUUUGUGUGUCUUAUCUGCAAUGCAUUGUAAUUUUGCGAAGAUUUAUGUGAUAAUUGUUUAAUUGAUGAGUAAUUGAAAAGGUGACUUUAUUGAAAAAUGCAUUUUAUGUACACUAAAUUGAUAUUGAUUCAUUUCAUUAUGCACUUGCUGCAUUUCUAUUUGGAUUGGAAUUCUGUUUAACCAUAUGCGAAUUUUUAUUUUCGAUUAAUAUCUAUGAAUGUGUAAAUAUUAUAUUUUUAGUAUCCAUUUGUUUUAUUUUGACAAAUUCGAAUGCUUUUCUUAUAUCUUAUAUAAAUAAACGAAUAGUUUACAAACA